AUGCUAAAGUGGCCCCUUGUGGACUCCACUUUGAUAUAUAACACUAACUCUGAAUUUGGUAUAUUCAUGGCCAUAUCCGUGCCUCUUAGCCUGAAGAAUCGCAAUGUCUUUCUUUCGUACAAUUAUGAAUUUAAUUACUAUCAGCCGGAGCACAUUUACAAGUAUCCUCCUAUUUUGAUGGGUGACAACUGGGAGGAUGGUUACUUGACCUACAACACUACAGGAGGUGUGGAUGCCUUGGGUGGUUAUUCUAGCUCAAGGAAACUGCGUCCUAGCCGCUCUUUACCAGCCAUGAGUCGCACUAAUUUCUAUAUCAUGCUUAAGGAUAAAUUGGAGAGAACCGGCUAUCCUGGAGAGCCCUGUCUUCUCCGCUUGAUUUGUGAAACGAAUGCCUCGACCCUUGGCCAAAUCAAUGGACUUCUGGGCAGCAUAGUGCAUAUCUUAUUCACACCCAGCAGCUCGAAUGACGAGAACCUGGCCAGCGACUACUACCAGGCCGAGUGGGAUGGGCAUCGGCAUGGAGACUGCUCGUCGUACGCCAGCCAAUGCGAGGAGAAUGUCUUGGACCUGAUCUCAAGGCCGUUAUACGAUGUUUUGCUGGAAGCUAUAGACAGACGAAAUGGCAGAAGACAAUAA